GAGCCCACGUGUGUUAACAAUAGAUUACAAAAACUUUGUACCUGGAAGGUAGAGCUGGUCCCGCGCUUCCCGCCCCGCGCCUCUUGCUCCGACACUCGCACCAGUCUACAUGAAAGCCUUCUGAACGCCGAUCGUUCCUGUAGUAACGCAACUUUUUAGUUAAUACAAAACAAGUUAUUAAACUAGUGUAACAAGCGAUUUUCGUCGGACACGUAGUGCUAAUUAGUGAAGUGUUGAAACGCGACAGUUGUUUAUUACUUUUAUUUUGGCCACCUGCCGUCUACCUGUUAUCCCAACUGGCGUUUUCGCGCCGAAACCGAACCUGCCUUCAGAUACUUCGAUAGUGCGCGCAUAGUUGAACGUCUUUGACAGUCGUGUAGAAUUCAAAUGAAAAGUUUCUCAAUCGUACGUGGUUCGCUUACUUAUUGCCAUAUAAGUGUCUAAGUUUAUGUGUGUUUUCCGCGCAGCCAUUGUCUUCGAUCGGAGACUGGAUUUUAUAAUAAAUGGAUGAUGUUUGUGAGUGGUCGUGAUGUGGAUUAAGACAGUGAGAUGAUAAAGUUUCGGUAUAAACGUAAGGAUGUGGGGGAGACCGCCCCGGCGGGGAAGGGGGCGGUUCAGAAGAAGAUCGAGGGUGUUUGGGAUCGAGAGCUGUUGCCUUCGAAGGACUUGCUGUCUGGGACUGUUUCUGGAGUUAGACACAACACGCUGCCUCGGUCGCGACCUCCUUCGGCGGCGCGCCGAGACCCGGUUGACCAAACUCCCAUUAUCAGCCCGACUACGUUAUCGCUCUUCAGAGAGCUAUUCACCCAAUUGCAAUGGUCCGAAGACCGCGCACCGGCCGCGGAUGCUCUCCGCCGCGCUUUGCAUGGCGGAGGCGCGCGUUUCCAACUGGGUUGCAUGGGAGACGCCAGCGAGUGCUUCGAACACCUCCUCCUGAGGGUCCAUGCUCAUGUCGCAGCCUCCACCGGAGACAGGAGGGAGGACGACUGCCGGGCCCCCCAUUGCGUGCCGCACAGAAAGUUCGCAAUGAUGCUGGUCGAGCAAUCGGUGUGCGGGUCUUGCAAGGCGACGUCUAAGCCGUUACCGUUUACUCAGAUGGUGCAUUACGUGUCUGCAACAGCGCUCACCACGCAAGCUGCUCUGGGGCAGCAUGGCGAUAGUUUCGGUGUGCUGCUCAAGCAAGCUGGAGGCAUGGGCGACAUCAGAGAAUGCCCGAAUGCUUGCGGCGCUAAAAUCCAAAUCUGCCGAACGCUCAUGAACCGUCCAGAGGUGCUUUCCAUCGGCAUGGUGUGGGACUCCGAGCGCCCCGCCGCAGAACACGUGGCCGCCGUGUACGCAGCACUCGGAACACAACUACGACCCAACGAUGCCUUCCACGCCUGCGUACAGUGGUCUUGGGCCGCACACGCCGAACACAGACUCGUAGGCCUCGUUACCUAUUACGGAAAACACUACUCGACAUUCUUCUACCACAGCAAAUUACGCCUAUGGAUGUAUUUCGACGACGCGGAUGUCAAAAAAAUUGGUCCAGAGUGGUCCCAAGUAGUAGACAAAUGCGUUAAGGGCAGAUUCCAACCUUUGCUGCUUCUAUACGCAGCGGUGGACGCCGCGCCCUGCGAUCCACGAGCCAAUAAAGAUGUAGUGCCAUUUCCAGCUCCGGAACCUAGACGGGCAGUAACCCCAGCACCAGAUCGACCGGCAAAUGGCUUCGCGAGGCGAGCCGUCACGCCCGGACCCGACAACGAAAACGACUACGUUAGUAGAAAAACUAUCGAGAACAUGCUUGAUCCUUCUCGUCACACGCAACUAGGACGAAGUAUGAGCACUGGUUCUGCCUCAGAUAGUUCAGGUCCUAGAGUAAGAAGGGAUUCUGGAAACUGGAGCGGCGAUCGAAAUAGUGCGUCAUCUACGUCAUCAUCGAUGGAAAGUCCUCAUAUUUAUACCCGAGGUCGAGGACUUAAUAUUCCGGGCAGUCCGACUCGGAAAGGUGAACUGUCUAGUGGUGGUUCUUGCGACGCUGGCUACGAUUCGAAUUCUCUGUCUUCCACAGACAGCUUACCACUCCAACAAGGCAUUCGCAACUUACAAAUGAUAGAUUUGAAAACAAGAAGCAAUAUUGAAGCAUUAUGCUUAGAAGCUGAUAUUUUACUUGAAAAAUCACGCACCGCUGAAAACGCAGCAGAUUAUGAAACAGCUGUGGUUUUGUGUAACGCUGCUACAUUGAAAGCCCGAGCGGCAAUGGACGCUCCGUUCAACAGUCAACAUGCCAAAACGAUAGCUCGUAUGAAACAUAACACAUGCAUGAUGCGAUCUAGAAGUCUGCAAAGAAGAAUGGCGGGAAAAAACAGAAUGACUGAGGUAUCACAACCAACGCCUAUUAGAAACACGAAAGGUGGAUUAGAAAACACUACCAUUGAGAUAUAUGCAACUUUACCUAAAAAGAAGGGUUCAUCUAAAAAGUUACAAAAAUCGUUAGACGAUAUCGACACCUCACCGUGUGAUCGACCUCCAAGGCAUAAAUCUAGAGAAGACGACAAAGUCAGAGAAAAGCGGUCCAGAAGCGAAGACAGAAGUCGAGCGAGGAAAGAAUUGCCUUUACCGACUGAAAAGAAAGAAGAACCUAAAGAGGAGGACAAAAAGUCAAACAAGAAGCAACAUAAAAUACGGCGCAAAUUAAUGGGUGGUUUGAUACGACGGAAAAAUAGAUCAAUGCCAGAUUUAACCGAGGGGGCAGAUGGCAACAAUGACGCGACAAAUAAAGACAAACGCGUCAUAUCGAUAGAUGAUGGUGAUGUCGGUAGGAAAAAGAAUGAUGACAAAGGAAACCUAAGCGGGUAUCUGUCCGAAGGCCAUUUAGAGUACUCUGCUGCGAGUGGCACUAAUCCUAACCUUGAAAAAAGCAAACUCAUGAGAAAAAGUAUAUACGGCAGUGCGGGAAAGAUGCUGACUGCGACCAAAGUACCGCCGCCGCCGCCAUUGCGAACCACUUCACAACUUAGCGGGCCUAAGUUCGAAUCCGAAGUGAUGCACGGCAUGCAGACCUCCCCAGCACAGCCUCUAGUCUCACGAGAAAACAAUUUCAAUUAUUCCCACGAUCCAGAAGAAGACGGCGGUUUCUCCGAACAAUAUGGCGAUGAGCCACAGUCAUUACCGUUCUUGCCAUCUACUUACGGUGGGAACCCUAUGAAUCUCCACAACCAAUCAAUAGAAUCUCAACAAUCUCAAAAUUGCCAUAUGGUUGUUACUAAAGCUAUGAUCCAUCAAGAGCAAAGUCCGGUCAAGAGGGAUACAAUUCCCACUCCUCAUGUUCCAAUGAACAGAGUUCAAAAUCUAAGUAAUUUUGAUAAUGGCAUUGACGUCGUGGAUUGUGCAAUGCCAGUGCGAAGAUCCCCGCCAAUAUUUGAAUUACCACCAUACCCAAGUCCGAUGAACUCUGUUAAUCAUUCGAGACAGCCCAGUGAGGAAUUCCCUCCACCACCACCUCCAAUUGAUUUGACCCCUCUGCAAGAUGAAUUGAACCACAUUCAAAAUGCAACAGAAUAUUACUCUUAUGAUAACAUGCUCCAGAGAUCCGUCAAGGAUUUAUAUUCCCAAUUACAAGAAAAACGCCAUCAGAUUUUAAGCAACAAAAACUCAUAUAAUGAAAUUAAACCUACAUCAAACGAUAGUAAUUCAUUACUACAAGAGUUGCAAGCAAAACAGGCUGCGAUCAAAUUAAAGAGAUCAAACUCCUUAGAGGGUCAGCUCUCCACUCCUGGAGAGAACUCCCAAGUAUCCGACAGUAUUGUGAAUAGACACAUGCAAAAAUUUGAAAGUAUGGCUCAGAAUGCGUCAUCAGAUGUAGAAAGGUCCCAUUUAGAUUUCGGUGAAAUAAGAGAUAACAGAGACGUAAUUAACUGCUCCAAUCAGCCAAAUAAUUUCAUGAACUAUCGACGAACAUCAUCGUCUUCCAUUGACCCUAAACAUUUGCAAGACGAUUACAUAGAUCAGAAAUCCCCUACGACCAUCAACAGUCCCGUGAUGUAUGGGGAUCAUUUGAAACCUAAAAAGAAGUCAGUGUCUUUCUGUGACCAUGUCGUUAUCGUGUCAUCCAAGGCGGAAGAAGAAGAAGAUAGUAAUUAUAUUCCAAAUCCAAUUUUAGAGAGAGUUUUGAAAUCAGCCAUGAAUAAACGGCCGAUGACUACAAUGCCGUUACAAUCUGAAAAGCCAUCUCUUCAUCGUCAAGACUCUUUUGACAGUCAGUCAUCAAGAUCUACGACGCUGUCAUCAACACCUAGCGCGGGAUUGCCUGGUGACAGCGCACAUGCAGACUAUAUACGGUCACAGAAUGGUUACCCUGCAUAUCAAAUGGCAACUCCAGCCCAAGCAGUGCGACAGUAUAAUGCUCAAAAAGCGAAUAGUGUUUACGACAGGAUUCCUCCACCGCCAGUUUCUCAUAAUCAAACGAAUAUAAAUACAAAUCAAAUAUAUCAGCAGCUGCCUAAUGGAAGUCCUCAAAAUGCCAGCAACCCUAUUCCAUACAACCAGCCGCCUGCGCCGGCAGCUUACAAUUCGCACAAUGCCAGCCCACCGAACUUUAGUCAAAAUCCAGUGAAUAGAUUAAACCCCGCGCACAACCAAUCAUUUCCCCCAGCGCACAAUAAUCUCCAACGAUCUGUUCCUAACACGUGCCCGCACCCACCGAACCAGCUUCACCAUUCUAACCAAGCGCCAAAUAAUUAUCACGCUAACAAUAACUAUAGUACAAAUCGCCCAUAUCCUCAAAACAUCCCAAGCACUUCAACGCCUUAUCAAAGCGUUCCCACCAAUUCGCCUGCUUACCAGAGCUAUCACACCCCACCGACAAGCUACGCUAGCUCCGAGUAUUCUAGUCGAUAUGCUAUGAAUGGUACAAACCACUACAGCGCGGCCCCGGCUCCGUCGCCCUACCAGAGGGUACCACCUCCCCACGGAGAGGUUCCCGCUGAGAAUUACAACAAUCCGUAUCAGAAAAUACCGAACCCUCAAUACCAUGACAACGCAAAUAGAUUACGCGAGCCUGACACAAGGCAUUAUGCCAAUUCAUACCAACAAAGGCCGAAUUACAGCCAGCCUAUGAAUAUGGACAGCCCCGUGCAUACUCGAAAUGAGGAACAAUUUCAAUAUCCUCAAAACGCGUACAAUCCCUACGAACAUCUUCCACCACCAAAACAGAUGCAAAAGAAGAGUGUAUCAUUUGAGCCGGGCACAAAAGGCGGUACGGAGUCUCCCAUACCAUCACACGUGAGCGACUCCUAUUAUAUCGAUAACCAAGUUUCUUCGGCCCAGAAAACCUUAUGCAAUCUCUGUAGGAAGAAGUCCCUCAACCCCCCCGCCUUAUAUUGUCCUGAUUGUGACUUUUACAUGUCCAGAUUCAAAAAUGUAGGCAAUAAUAAUACACCUUUUGUACAAAGAUAGAAAUAUGUAUUUAAUUGAUGUAGGCAACUUUAUAAUGAUAUCUUAAUGUUUUAGAGAAUUGACGCAAAUUGAUCUCAGAAGUUUUUAUACUUGUACAAUAAUUAAUUUACGUUUCAUUGUCAUUGAUAAAUAUCCUAUGUACUUAAAAU